GCUAAAUGUACAGAAUAUGAAAAUACAUGCGUAAACUAUGAAAAAUUAUUUACAAAAUAGGUUUUAUGGUCCUAUCUCCACAAGGUCAUAGUUAAAGCGCUAGUUUUGUCACAGCAUUCCCAGGAUUGUUUUCUAAACUAAAUGGCUUACAUUGACGUGAUUAAAUUACAUCAACUUAAGUAGUUAAAGAUGAAUCGUUUGAGAAGAACAUUCAGCUUUCGGAAACGGAAAAAGCAGAAUAAGAAUGAGGCUGGUGAUUCUUCGAAACCACAACAAUGGCUAGAUGAUGAGGUGAAAAUCAAGGAGGGAUUCUGUAGUUUUCAAGUUAAGUAUUUAGGGAAUAUUGAGGUUUACGAAUCAAGAGGAAUGCAAGUUUGUGAAGAAGCGAUUAAGGCUCUAAGAAAAUCAAAGAAACCGCAAAAAGCUGUUUUGUCUGUCAGCGGUGACGCUCUACGCGUUUCAGAUGACGUUAGUCAGCAUCUCAUCGUCGAUCAGACAAUUGAGAAAGUUUCAUUUUGUGCUCCUGAUAGAAAUCACGAGAAGGGAUUUGCAUAUAUAUGUCGUGAUGGAGCUACCCGCCGUUGGAUGUGUCACGCCUUUCUCGCCGUCAAGGAAUCCGGUGAACGGUUAUCUCAUGCUGUCGGGUGUGCUUUUGCUAUAUGUUUGGAGAAGAAACAAAGACGUGAACGAGAUGCUCUUCAGUUAGAGGCUUCAGAUGAUCGUCCAACUUUCGCUCGUGUUGGAUCGUUUCGUCCGGCUACUCUCGCUGAACGGCUACUGGAUCCUCAGUCUACUAUUGUGGUCGACCCAGUGCCAAAAUCUAAUAAUACAUCUUCAACAUCACCUACCACUAUAACUCGGGUAUCUUCACCAGUUAACCAUAUUGGAGCUAUUCCACGACCCCAUGCUAGUCCAUCAAUUAUUGAGCGACAAGGUUCACUAAGAAUAUUUCCAAAAUUACAAGAGAAUAGUCCUUUUAAAAGAGAUCUUUCAUUACGUCUUGAAGGAGUUCCUUCGAAUGUACGCCGUUUGGCUGGAAUAAUUCAAAGUGCACCUAUAGCGGAGGAACCAGACACAGAAUUUGAAUCAAAGAAACUAGGAGUAUUUGUUAAAAGUGACGAACGACCUGAAAAAAGUGAAUUAGUUACUGUAUGUUCUACAUCUAAUUGGAGCUCAUCUAUAGUAGUGGCCAGUUCAUCUUCGAACCUCCCAAUUAUGAAUGGUUUAACUGUAGUAACUCAAUCGUUUGUACCUAGUAGCCACUUUACAAGCGAUUUCAAUCUUGAUCCUAAAACAUCACAGGCAUUUAUACCUUCAGUUAUUUCAGAUCCUUUUUCUGCUGCCCCAAUCAACCCAGCUACAAUACAACGGCACUAUCAGAUGGAAUUGCAACAACAACAGCAACACCAGCAAAUAACAGGUUCUUCACUACUAAGUUCCAAAGCUCCAAUGGCUGUUGUUUCAACUAUCAGUUCUACACCGACUUCACCAUUUUUAGGCGGACCACCAAUUGCUGCUCCAACUUUAUCGAUUAAUACUUAUAAUUCUAGUCCAUGGGCAGUUACAUAUUCACAGAUGCAACCAUUUAACAAAUCUAUUAUUCAAUAUAAUUCAAAUUUACCCAGUUCUCCUACUGGUACAAUGAAUUCUCAAACAAAUCUAACUUAUCCUUCCAAUGGUGUUUUAAAAUCAGGUUCUACAAAUCCAUGGUCAUCAUCAAUGGGAUUGGUUUAUGGGAGAAACGUUAGUAAUACAAAUUGGCAAGCUUCAUCGCCAUCGUCAUUACCACCUACUCUUCUACCUCCAGAGCCUGAUUGUAUUUCGGAUCCAUUCGAUUUAGGUUGGGUGGAUAGAGCUACAGCUGGUGUAUCGAAUACAUCAAGUGGACAAGGCAUCAGUAAUCCAUUUCUAAUUGCUAAUGGAAGUGGUGAUGAUAUCCCUAAUUCAAAUGCAUCAUCUGUUCAUUAAUUAAAUCAACCAUAUGAUAAUAAUAAUUGUUAUUAUUGUAUAUAAUAUAUAUUUUUUUCUAUCAACAAAAACAGUGGGAGAAAAACCUGCUUCGUUAAUAAUCAAUAGUAAAUAGAUUUUUCAUCACUAUUAUCCUUCAUCUCUUGUCUUUUGCUAAUUUUCUUUACUCAAUACAAAGCGUACUUCAUAAGAUUUUCAAAAUAUCUAGUUCCAGAUGAGUUACAUUACAUAGCAAAGUGUAAUUUACUGAAUUUUUAAUUUUAUCAGGGUCAUAAAUGAACAACAUUAUUUUUAAAAAUGGUAGGUUGGUGUCCAUGUAUUAGCAUUCCUUCAUACACACAAGAAAUACUUCCUUUUUAUGGGUGCUGUUUUGAUUAUUUUCUCCAUUAUCAAUUAAAACAGCAAUGACAACAAUAAAGGGUGAUGGAAGCAGAUUACUAUUACAUUUUUCUUUCUUCAGUAAAAGUUUCGACAAUUUUCUUUUUAUCGAAAAAAGCGAUAGAUUCUUCUUCUGUAGUGAUGCUGUGAUCUCAAUUUUUCUUGUUUUCCUUUUGCUUCUAUUUAAGUUUUUAUUCAUCAUGCUUUGUUUUAAGAACUUAAUAACACUUUCAUAUAGUGUGAUUGUAUUUUACACAAAAUGUCCACUAUAUGCAUUACCUCUGUUAUUACCUAUUUUGUUGCAAUUGCAUGUAUUUGUGUAUUUAUCUCAUUUAUUGUUUUUCUAUUCUCUUCUACAGCUUGAUCACCCUAUUCUUUGUGCUUAUUUUACCUGUGUAUACAUCGCAUGCAUGUUCUUUCUCCUCAUUAUCCUUAUCAUCAUUUAUCCGCAUUGAUAAGCUGUUUCUUUCUUUAUGUUUCUCGCUCUCAUUUAUUUGAACAAGUUCCCAAUUUUUCUCUUUCCCUAUCGACUUACAUUCAUUUCUCUAUUUACGUUAGUAAUUUAAUACAUGCUUGAAUCUAAUAGGUCUUGUCAUAUAACAUAAUUUAUUUUUUAUCAAAAAUAAGAGUUAUUGGAUGAAAAACGAUCUCAUAUUAUUAUUGUUACUUGUGAUUUCAUCCUCUUGUUCUAUAGUUUCUCUUGGUUUUGUCAUUUUCUAUGUAUUGUUAGCUACCAUUUCUGCUAACUGUGGUGUGAUAGCCAUAACGAUGACAACGUCAAUAAUGGUAAUGGUUAAUGGGAUUAGUAAUUGUUUAUGUCACUGUUUUCCUCUUUCUAUCAUAUUUCUUGUUUCUUUAGUUCAAUGAUCUGUUUUUUUUUGUUACAAAUACUUUUGAUAAAAAAAAUACACAUAUGGACCAAAUUGCGUUUCAUUUAUGUACGUAACAUUAAUUUUCUAAAAUUUUAAAUGAUCACAUAAUUUUGUUUGAUUAAAUCGUAACAUUAUUAUUUGUGCUUAUUGCCAGUACAGUGUCCCAGUUUGAGAUACCUAAUUAAAAGAAAUUAAUUUAAUGUACUGUUGCGGACCAUUCUUUUUCUUCUUUGUAAUUUAUUCACUAAUGGCAAAUACAAAACAUUGCUUAUUCUUAUCAGAAUUAUAACACACAAAUUAGUAUUAGUGGCUUUUUUAUUAGAUAUUUCAUUUGAUGUGUGACAAGUAUAUAUGCGCCAAAUAUAAUGUAAACAAAUCUGUUUCUGUUUUUCACCCCUGUUGUAACACACCUUGUGUUGUCACACCAUAUUGUUGUUUUCACUAUUUACCCUUACUCUUGUGGAUAUAUACCAGAUCAAUUAUACAUUGAAGAUAAAUGAUGUUGACAUUACAAAUAAAAAUGAUUUUCUAUUACGG